AUGGGUUCGAUACAGCACGAUGAUAUUCAUAAUCAGAAAUACCACUGCAAUCAGUCAUAUGACUUAACGGCAGCCCGGUUGAAUCGCAAUGGCGUCGAGUCAUUUGAGGUCGCGGGCCUUGCAUCUGACGGGGCCUCGAGUCCCACAGGCAUGAGAGACGAUAUCGUGCUGUUAUCGUGGCUCAUUGUGCUCCUGCGGACGCGAGAAGGCGGCCAGAUUCGAUAUGAAUGGGCGUAUAGGUAUCCCAAAGAGGAGCCGGUACCCAGAUCUCUGGCCAUGAAUGAAGUAGUGGCGGGGUUACAAACUAGUCUGAAGGAAACCGCGGCAGCUGUCUCUCGGCAUAUUGCAGCAGAUACACCGAGUCAGUCGGCACCAGCUUCUCUGAUUCUGAGCACUAGCUCUCUUUCCCAGGCAUCAGAGGAAGCAAAGGAUGAAGUGAGUGAUGCGUGA